AUGAAGAUAGACUUCUGUUUGGUUGAAAGGAUUAAGAAAAUUCAGUUCAACCCUCACGGCAAACCACAGAUAAAACGAGAAAAACCAGAAAAUAUACCAGAUCUAAAAAAUUUAGUAAAAGAAAAAUUUACUGCACUGGAGAGCAAGAACAGUGACUCAGAUUUGCAAAGGAAUGAAAAAUACAUGUAUUUUAAGGAUCAACUUAAGGAGAUGAGAAAACAAUUUUGUCAUCAAUCAGAUAAUGGUAAUGAGGCCAUUGAACAAAUCGAUGAAGACAUCGCCGUGACUCAGAGUCAGAUGAACUUUAUUUGCCCCAUUACGCAGAUGGAAAUGAAGAGGCCGGUUCGAAACAAAGUCUGUGGACAUACUUAUGAAGAAGACGCCAUUCUAAGAAUUAUCCAGAAUCGAAAGCAGCAAAAGAAAAAAGUCCGAUGCCCUAAAAUUGGCUGUAGCCAUGCUGAUGUAAAAGGAUCAGACCUUGUGCCAGAUGAAGUGCUUAAAAGAGCGAUUGACAGUCAGAAUAAACAAAGCUGGUCGACACUGGACAAGUCAGCUGCUGCCACAAACAAAAUUUGUUGUUAGAGGUCUUGUGAGAUAAGCUGCUGAUUGUAAGUAGGUUGUGUAACUGAUUGUUACUUAAAGUGGUUCAUUUAUAGGCAAAAUUGAAGGUCUCGCCUGUAACCAAAAGCAUUUUUUAAACUGCCAAAUAUGAUGA